AUGGGAGACAACGGUGAGAAUACCAACAACGCCGCACCAGCUCAGGCAAACGGUCAGCAACACCAUGAGCUCAUGGCAAUGCUUGCCACCAUGAGAGAGGAGCUGCGAGACACUCGUGAACAAGUCGCGCGUCUCGAACAACGGCAACCGAGGGCUCCCAACGCAGAACUUCCACCAGCUCGGAGGAACAUGCGAGCCCACCGAGACCAUCGCCCUGAGGACUCGGAGACGGAUAGCAUGCCGGAACUAGAGGAGGAUCAACCUCCUGAUCCAUUACACCGGCGCAAAUCAAACCCUGAGGUCUAUUUAGACUGGGAGAGGCGCUUGGAGUAUAUCAUCGAGUGUUACGGCUAUGGAGAGCUCAAGAAGGUCGCGUUAGCUGCGGCUCAACUCACCGACAAUGCAUUGGCAUGGUGGGAUCGCACCGUGGCCGAGAGGAGGCGACAAGUCUUUGGCCCAAUUCAAAUGUGGCACGACAUGAAAUACCUACGGCGGUUGAGGUAUGUGCCCGAACAUUAUCAUAGGGACUUACAGAAACGUUUUCGUAAGUUGACACAGGGAGCAAGGAGCGUUGAGGAGUAUUUCGAAGAGUUCGAAAAACUCAUGAACUCCUUGGAGUUAGAAGAGUCCGAGGAGGCUCUCAUGGCCCAGUUCGUCGAUGGUCUUCGAGAAAAAAUAGCUCGGAAGGUGGAGCGAGUUAAGUAUAGUGGCCUGCAUGAGCUAUUUCAUCUCUCGGUGCAAGUGGAGCAACAAAUCAAGAGAAAGUCAUCUCUCUCAAACCGAGGCCGAAACAAUCAGCCUUGGCAAGCCAGCACCAGCAAACCCCUCGACAAAGGCAAAGCUAUAGAGAUCAAAUCUCGAUUCAAGGGAAAAUCCACCGAGCCUCCAAAGCCCAACAAGCCGGAACAAGGUAAGUUCCAAAACACUAGUCAAGCUAGAACCCGAGACAUUGUUUGUUUCAAAUGUCAGGACAGAGGACACUAUCAGCGAGACUGUCCCAACCAACGGGUCAUGAUCGUUACCCCAAGUGGUUAUGAGUCCCAAGAUGAAGCCGAGAUAGAGGUAAACAGUGAGGAGGAAGAUGUGGAGUACCCCGACACUGGAGAAUAUCUACUGGUGACUCGGAGGGUUCUAAGCGUUCAAGUGCAACCUGAGGAGACAGUCCAACGAGAAAACUUGUUCCACACGCGAUGUACAAUCAAGAACAAGGUAUGUAAUCUAGUUAUUGACGGUGGAUCUUGUACUAACGUGGCUAGCAAGUUCAUGGUGGACAGAUUAGGUCUUGAAAAGACAAAGCACCCACGGCCCUACAAGCUACAAUGGCUUAAUGAUGCCACAGAGCUCAAGGUAACCGAGCAAGUCACCGUACCGUUCAGCAUUGGUAAAUACCGAGAUGAAGUGCUAUGUGAUGUGGUGCCUAUGCAAGCCGGACAUUUGUUACUAGGCCGGCCUUGGCAGUUUGACAAAGCUACCCUACACAAUGGCCGAACUAACUACUAUAGCUUCACACACAUGGACCGUAAGUUUAACUUAGCACCCUUAAGUCCAUCUUAA